ACAGAUAGCUGUCAUGUCUCAGAAUCUUUAGUACCUUUUUUCACACAGAGAGGAGGAAAAUAGCGACCAAAGAUAUUUUUACAGAAUCCGACAUUAACCCUUCAAUUAUUUUUCCUUGUCAAUUUCUCUCUCUAACCCUCCCUCUCUCUCCUCAUUGUAGCCACUAUAUAUCUUGCCUUCAACGUUUCAGUUUCUAUAUUAUUAACGUUCUUUUAUUUCUCUUCCGAAGAGAACAAAAACAAACACACACCCAUUUAAGAAAUUAGAGCUCACAAAAAGAAUGAAGGCAGGAUUGAUUGUGGAUAGUGGGUAUAUAUACCAAGAAGAGAAGCAUCUUACAGUGCUUAAAACCUCCUUGUUCUUUGCUAAUGAUGGCUUCACUGUCUACGAUUGCAGAGGUGAGUUAGUCUUCCGAGUCGACUCUUAUGGCGGUCCUGAUAACCGGGAGACUGCUGAAGUUGUUCUCAUGGACGCUAAUGGCCGUUGUUUGCUCACCGUCAGAAAAAAGAGGCCGAGUCUACACCACAGGUGGGAAGGCUAUUUAGGAGAAAGAUCAGAGGGCCAGAAACCAGUCUUCAGUGUACGAAGGUCAUCAAUAAUCGGACGGUGCAGCGUAGCUGUAGAAGUGUAUGGUAAUCCAGGGGAGGAGUAUCAGAUAGAAGGGUCAUUUGCGAAUAGAUCUUGCACAUUUUUUAAUGCAGUCAAAGAAUCAGUGGCUGAGAUCAGACGCAAAGUAGAUACCUCUACUCACGUUGUACUUGGUAAAGACGUAUUCUCUCUUUGCUUAAAGCCAGGGUUUGAUGGUGCCUUUGCCAUGGGGUUAGUUCUUGUUCUUGAUCAGAUCAACGGUGAUGAUUAUGUUGAGGAAGAGAGUGAGGUGUCCCCUACGGCAGAGGAGUAAUGGGUUAUUACGAUGAUGAUAAUCAUGGUUAUCUUUUUGUUUUCUUCUUUCUUGGUACUUAGUAAGUAAGCAGUCCCAUUAUUUGGUUAUGUGUUACCUCUUGGUGGGGGAAAGCAGAAGCCUUCUUUCUUAUGUUGGCCCCUAAAAUCUUUUGAUUGUAUUUAUAAUUAAAUGAUGAAAAAGGGGUUUGUAGUUUUUAUAAUGCAAAGUCAUCUAAGGAGCUCUUGCUUUAUGUGAGCUUAAGAAGACAACAACUUCUCAAGACUUGUUUGUUCAUACGGAAAUAAAUAAUACUUCUUUUGCUCUC